CCUUUUGCGUGUUACAUGUUUUCAAUUCACGACUACCAGUAUGAAGGCGUUGUGGGUUUUCCUGUGUUGUUUUAUUGCAGACACUUCUAGUUGUAAUACAAAAGGUUCUAACUCCUAUCAAAAAUGUGUGGCAAAUGUUGCUCUUGGAAAAUCGGUGUCGGUUAGUUCAACAUACAGCAGCUUUCUGCCCUCAAACGCUGUGAAUGGAAACUUCAACGACUUCAUGCAUACAACAUAUCCGGUAGGAGAAGGCAGACCGUGGCUCACAAUAGACCUUGGGAAUACAUUUCUAGUAAAACAGAUUGAAAUCUUCAACAGAGCGGAUUGCUGUGGUUAUAAAUUUCAUGAUGCUGAAGUGACAGUAGGAAAAUCCCUGGAUAACCUACAAUUCUGCGGCCAUUAUACGGGACCAGCAAGGAACGGAGAGAGAAUACCGAUGUGGUGUCCUCCUCGGACAUUUGCUCGCUUUGUUAAAAUCCAGAUUGUAAAAGGGAAAGGAAACGUGCUGCACGUGGCGGAGGUUCUAAUUUGGGGAGUGCCUGAAGGAAAUCAUCAAUAUCUGCUGCCAUCCACAAAUUGUUUGAACAACGUUGCACUGGGGAAAUCUGUGACUGUGAGUACAACAUAUGGUAAAUUUCGGCCCUCAAACGCCGUCAAUGGAUACCUCAAUGACUUCAUGCACACAACAUACCCAACAGGAGAAGGCAGACCAUGGCUUGCAAUAUACCUUGGAAAUACAUUUGUAGUACACCAGAUUGAAAUCUUCAACAGAGCGGACUGCUGUGGUUACAAGUUCCAUGACGCAGAUGUUAGAGUAGGAAGAUCCCAAUCAAACCUACAUAGCUGUGGACACUAUGCAGGGUCAGCUCAGAACGGAGAGAGGAUAGUAAUGACUUGUCCCUCACGUUCCAUCGCCCGCUUUGUCAAAAUCCAGAUUGUAAAAGGCACACGUAAUGUGUUACAUGUAGCGGAGGUCAUUGUAUGGGGAGUACGUGACACAGGGCGGCGCCAAAAAACGUCAAGAUAGAUAAGAAAGACAUGUCCUAUUUCAUCUGUUGUAUAAUUAAUUAUUCAAUUAUCUGAAAUAUUUUGAGGAAAACCGUGCUUUGUUUGCUUUGAACAAAUAUUUAAUAAAUACUCUAUCAAGCUUG